UAGUGCAGCGGCGGAGCGGCCCGGGCCGGCCGAGCAGCCAUGGGCGCCCUGGUGCCGGGCCCCCCAAGAGUCAAGGCCCCCGGCCGGGGUUGGGGGUGCCGAGGCUACCAGCCCCGCUGACACCGCCUCGGACGAUGUGAGCCGGCGCCUCCGCUGCUGCUUCGCGGUCAGGGCUCACAGUCCCACCGGCCCCGGCCGCCGCUUUUCUAAUUUGGGUGGGGGCGACCGUUCCAGGCCGCUCGGUCUUUGGUACAGGGGCUGGCUGUCUUUGGCAGCUUGAUUGGGGGAGGCGACCCACACAGGGCUCUCGGAGAUUUUUUUUCCUUUUUUUUUUUUUUUUUUUUUUAAAGCGAGGUUAACUGUUUUGGGCAGCUUGGUUUUGGGGGGGAGGCUAAAAAAGGCCUUUCGGGGUUCCUUUUCUCUGGGGGAGGGGGCGGUGGUCCCGACUUGGCCAGCCGCCUUUUGGAAGGGGGGAGCGGGAAGCGUGGGGAUGAGAACCCGGCUCCCCCCACUAUGAUGAAGACGGAGCCGCGGGGGCCCGGGGGUCCCCUCCGGAGCGCUUCCCCGCACCGCAGCGCCUACGAGGCGGGCAUCCAGGCUCUGAAGCCGCCCGACGCGCCCGGGCCAGACGAGGCACCUAAGGCGGCCCACCACAAGAAAUAUGGCUCCAAUGUCCACCGCAUCAAAAGUAUGUUCCUGCAGAUGGGCACGACGGCGGGCGCGCCGGGCGAGACGGGCGGCGGCGCGGGCCCCACUGAGGCCUUGCGGGCGCCCGAGCGCGGCGUGCGCCUGUCGCUGCCGCGGGCCAGCAGCCUAAACGAGAACGUGGACCAUAGUGCCCUGCUGAAGCUGGGCACCAGCGUGUCGGAGCGCGUGAGCCGCUUUGACUCCAAGCCCGCGCCCUCCGCGCAGCCCGCGCCGCCGCCGCACCCGCCGUCCCGGCUGCAGGAGACGCGGAAGCUGUUCGAACGGAGCGUCCCGGCGGCCGCGGGCGGCGACAAGGAGGCCGCGGCGCGGCGGCUGCUGAGGCAGGAGCGCGCCGGCCUGCAGGACCGGAAGCUGGACGUCGUGGUGCGCUUCAACGGCAGCACCGAGGCGCUGGACAAGCUGGACGCCGACGCCGUGUCGCCGACGGUCAGUCAGCUCAGCGCCGUCUUUGAGAAGGCCGACUCGAGGACCGGCCUCCACCGCGGGCCGGGGCUGCCCAGGGCCGCGGCCGGCGGGGCGCCCCAGGUCAACUCAAAGCUGGUUAGCAAGCGGUCCCGGGUGUUUCAGCCGCCCCCGCCGCUGCCCGCCCCGUCGGGGGAUGCCCCAGCCGAGAAGGAGCGCGGCUCCGGAGGGCAGCAGCCCCCGCAGCACCGAGUGGCCCCCGCCCGGCCGCCCCCCAAGCCUCGGGAGGUGCGCAAGAUUAAGCCGGUGGAGGUGGAGGAGAGCGGGGAGUCGGAGGCCGAGGCGGCGCCCGCGGAGGUGAUCCAGGCAGAGGUGACGGUCCACGCGGCCCUGGAGAAUGGCAGCGCCUUGGCAACCACCGCCAGCCCCGCACCCGAGGAGCAGAAGGCCCAGGCGGCCCCCGAGGAGGAGGCGGCGACCGUGGCGGCGCCUGAGAGAGGGGUGGGCAAUGGCCGGGCCCCGGACGUGGCCCCCGAGGAGGUGGACGAGUCCAAGAAGGAGGAUUUCUCGGAGGCGGACUUGGUGGACGUGAGCGCCUACAGUGGGCUGGGGGAGGACUCUGGGGGCAGUGCCCUGGAGGAGGACGACGAAGAAGACGAGGAGGAGGGUGAGCCCCCCUACGAGCCCGAGUCGGGGUGCGUGGAGAUCCCGGGGCUUUCGGAAGAAGAGGACCCGGCCCCGAGCCGGAAGAUCCAUUUCAGCACGGCGCCCAUCCAAGUGUUCAGCACCUACUCCAACGAGGACUACGAUCGUCGCAACGAGGACGUGGAUCCCAUGGCAGCCUCUGCUGAGUACGAGCUGGAGAAGCGGGUGGAGAGGUUGGAGCUGUUCCCUGUGGAGCUGGAGAAGGAUUCCGAGGGCCUGGGCAUCAGCAUCAUUGGCAUGGGGGCCGGGGCAGACAUGGGCCUGGAGAAGCUGGGCAUCUUUGUUAAGACUGUGACUGAAGGCGGUGCGGCCCAUCGGGACGGCAGGAUCCAGGUGAAUGAUCUCCUGGUGGAAGUGGAUGGAACAAGUCUGGUGGGAGUGACCCAGAGCUUUGCAGCCUCCGUGCUCCGGAACACCAAGGGCCGUGUGCGAUUUAUGAUUGGCCGGGAGCGGCCGGGUGAGCAGAGUGAGGUGGCCCAGCUAAUUCAGCAGACCCUGGAACAGGAGCGAUGGCAGCGGGAGAUGAUGGAGCAGAGAUACGCCCAGUACGGGGAGGAUGACGAGGAGACAGGAGAAUACGCCACUGACGAGGAUGAGGAGCUGAGCCCCACGUUUCCGGGUGGCGAGAUGGCCAUCGAGGUGUUCGAGCUGGCGGAGAACGAGGAUGCCUUGUCCCCUGUGGACAUGGAGCCUGAGAAGCUGGUGCACAAGUUCAAGGAGCUCCAGAUCAAGCAUGCUGUGACUGAGGCAGAGAUCCAGCAGCUGAAAAGAAAGCUGCAGAGCCUGGAGCAGGAGAAGGGGAGGUGGCGGCUGGAGAAGGCCCAGCUGGAGCAGAGUGUGGAGGAGAACAAGGAGCGCAUGGAAAAACUGGAGGGCUACUGGGGCGAGGCCCAGAGCCUGUGCCAGGCUGUGGACGAGCACCUGCGGGAGACGCAGGCCCAGUACCAGGCCCUGGAGCGCAAGUACAGCAAGGCCAAGCGCCUCAUCAAGGACUACCAGCAGAAAUCUCGGAACUGGAAGGAAACCUGCAAACACUGAGGAAUUCCAAUUCUACUUAACAGGAAUCAUUCCUUGACCGGACAAUAAUUAAUCCCCUCCCAUUGUCCUCCCUCCCCUGUCCUCAAUACUUCACCCCGCUCCCUACCAGCCUGGGGACAGGUGCCCCGACUCCCCCACCCCUCCACCCCACCUCCCCCAGCUUCAGGGACCAGAGGGCCCAUAUUACAGGCCCCCUUAAGGUGGCCCGGGCAGACAGGUGGCUGGAAGGAUGGCCUCCUUCUAGCCUUUGGGGCUGAGGCACAGAGGCCAUGGGAUGCCAUGGGCUGGCCUGGGUGGUGGAUGGACACGAGGACCUGCAGACCAAACUGCCAGACUUUACAACCUCCAGCCUUUGUCUCUGGACUGGAAAGGGGCUGGGGGCUCUCCCAGCAUCUCACCACCUGGAGGCUGCUCCCUGCUCACGGGGCUCCUAGGUGGCCCCUGGGCCUCUUGACUCGAGAGUCUACCUUCUUGACCCUUCCCUGCUCCCCUGUCAUCGUGCUGUUCUGUUGCAUUCUGACCCUCCUGCUAGGAGGGGUUGCCUCUACACCUCUCCUCCCAUCCCUGUCUGCCCUCCCAGGAGGGGCAGAGUCUACCCAGAGCCUGGAGGCUGGGCCUGGCCCUGCACUGAUUUCUCAUGUAUCCUUCGUGAAAAGGGGAGAGUCCAAGACACCUGAUGUCCAGCUCCCCCUUUUCUCGGGGCAGGAGCCCUCAAUUUCUCCUUGUGCCUCCCCUCCCCCAGGUGCCAAAUAGCCAUAACCUCUUCCUGGAACUGUUCUGCGGCCUCUAUGGGGACCAGGUUUCCUGGCCAACCCUGGGAGUGAGAGGGAGGAGAGGAGGUCAGCUUAGGGGGCCUGGUUUUAGGCAAGGGGAACAUUUGUCACUGGAGAGCCAGGCCCUGUCCUGCCCUAUGCAGGGCCACACCUGGAAGCCUUGUACUAACACUGCAGAGAUUCAGCCUCACCCCACCCACACCCACAGUUUUCCAAUGUUUUGACUGGAGGGCAAAAUUUUACUACUUUUCAUCUUUUUGGAGACCAGGGCUGCCCUGCUGGCAGCCUGCUUUCUAAGUGAAAUCGACUCCGUUUCCCCACUUUAACCCCAAAUUGGGGCUUGGACCAAGGGAGGUGAGACCCCCACCCCAGGUCCCCUCCCCUUUCAGAUUACAUCUCUCAUUUUGCCUCUUCCUCAUGCCCCUGCCUCAGCCUGGGUUUUUGUUCUUUUUUUAAAAAACAACCCUUGUUCCAUCCAUUUUGGCUUUUCCUCGUCCCCUGUAAAUAGACCAUGCCAUCGAUCAGUAUUUCUCAGCACCCACUUCCUGCCCCCAGACGUGCGCCUACCCCCGAAGGAGCUGGCUGUCUCAGUGCCUGGGCCCAUGCACUUCACCUCCUCGGCCUCAGCAGAUGGAGGGGGCGGGGCUGGGUGGGCGGGGCUGCGGGGGGUGCUUCUGGUUUCUCCGGCCGGGGCCCUCUCUGUCCCGCCUUCCACAGGACUGCGUCUCUGUAUAUAAUAUAUAUAUGUAUGUAUUGUUCCCGGUUUUGUACGGACCAUGCCCUCUGUCAGGUCGUCCCCAUAAAAGCAGCCCCCAGAGCCUUG